CUGAAGCAUAUCAGAGACCCCCAGCUGCUCUGUGUACUGUGGCCACGGUCAUCAUGCGUGAAAUAGUACAUUUGCAAAUUGGACAAUGUGGCAACCAAAUCGGCUCAAAGUUUUGGGAAGUGAUUGGUGAAGAACAUGGACUCAAUGCUACAGGCAACUAUGAGGGAGACAGUGCCCUCCAACUGGAGAGGGUCAACGUCUACUUCAGCGAGGCACAUGGUGGUAAAUAUGUCCCCAGGGCCCUGCUUGUUGACUUGGAGCCUGGUACAAUGGAUAGUGUUCGAGGAAGUCGCAUUGGGGCCCUUUUCAGGCCAGACAACUUUAUCCACGGUAACUCAGGAGCUGGGAAUAAUUGGGCUAAGGGCCACUACACAGAGGGAGCAGAACUUGUGGAGCAAGUUAUAGACCGAGUGAGAAAUGAGAGUGAAAGCUGUGAUUGCCUGCAGGGCUUCCAGUUUGUUCACUCCUUAGGGGGUGGCACUGGCUCCGGCAUGGGAACCCUUCUCAUCAACAAGAUCCGAGAGGAGUAUCCGGACCGCAUCAUGAACAGCUUCAGCAUCAUGCCAUCCCCUAAAGUCUCUGACACGGUGGUGGAGCCAUACAACGCCACCCUGUCGGUCCAUCAGCUCCUGGAGAACACAGACGAGACCUUCUGCAUCGACAAUGAGGCCCUCUAUGACAUCUGUUUCCGCACGCUUAAACUGACUACACCAACUUACGGGGACCUCAACCACUUGGUCUCCAUGACGAUGAGUGGGGUAACGACGUCUUUGAGAUUUCCUGGACAGCUCAACGCUGACCUGAGGAAGCUAGCUGUCAACAUGGUUCCUUUCCCUCGCCUCCACUUCUUCAUGCCAGGCUUUGCCCCACUGACGGCCCGUAGAAGCACACAGUAUAGAGCCCUCACAGUGCCUGAGCUCACCCAGCAGAUGUUUGAUCCCCGCAACAUGAUGACAGCAUGUGACCCAAGGCGUGGGCGCUACCUCACUGUUGCUGGUAUCUUCCGUGGCAGGAUGUCUACCAGAGAGGUAGAUGAACAGAUGCUUGCAAUCCAGCAGAAAAACUCCAACCACUUUGUCGACUGGAUCCCCCAUAAUGUCAAGGUUGCCGUGUGUGACAUCCCACCCCGAGGCCUCAAAAUGGCCUCCACUUUCAUUGGCAAUAACACGGCCAUCCAGGAGAUAUUCCGCCGUGUAGGCGAGCAGUUUUCAUUGAUGUUCAGACGAAAGGCUUUUCUCCACUGGUACACGGGGGAAGGUAUGGAUGAAAUGGAGUUCACAGAGGCCGAGAAUAACCUCAAUGACCUGGUGUCAGAGUACCAGCAGUACCAAGAUGCCACUGCUGAUCAAGAUUUGGAAGCAGAGGACGAAGAAGACGAGGGACCCUCAUCAAAAGUGACAACGCGGGUUGAGUCUCGGAUGGAGGUUAAACUGGAGACAGCGCCUGAAACAACCAAAGAAACUGUAGAUUAAGAAGGCAUACAAGAUAGAUGAUUCGACACAUAGUUGAAGGAAUGAUGAAGGCAUGUGUUAUUGAUGGUCUGCAGAGGAACUCCUAAUUUUUAAUUUAAUAGAUGCUAUUAUUUGAUUUAAAUAGCUUUUACUUGAUAAAAGUAGUGAAAUUUGAACAAGGUGCUUUAUGUAUUUGAUCUAUUUUUCAAUGGAUCGCCCUGUGUGUUGUUGUUUUUUCCGGAUUACAUUUUUCUGUUUUAUUGUAUGUAUUGGAAGAUUAUUGAAAUGUUUGUAAAAAAUGCUAUGUCACACCAGCUUUAUUUAACAUAUGUUACAACCCUAUAAAUUACAUUUUGAUGGUUAAAAUGUUGGAUUUUUCAACAGUAAAUUUUGCAUUGUCAUUUUUGCAUAAGAUCAAAAUAGUAUAAGGACCCAAUACUACCCUUCUCAUCUUGUUUCAUCAUUUGAAGUUAAACAGGAAUGAAACUAAACUUAGCUGCAGUGAUGGACAAGUCUGUGACAGCACAGCGACAGUGACAUGGUUGAAGCCUGUCACAGUUUCCGCAUGUUCUUAAGAAUCUGGGACAUAGAGAUUACACAUGACUAGGCCAGAGUGUCUGCACUCUGAGAUAAGUACACGACAUGGCCUUGCCUCAGCUGCACUGCUGCAAAUCAUAUUGAAGACACUCAUAAACAGGGAUAAAGGAGACGACGCUGCAUGUAACACACACGUGGAUGUAGGUUACGGUGACAGUAACAGUCUUGUAUUGCCUCACACAGGCCAUGUGCUUGAAUAUGUGAAGUUCCAAAGGUUGCAACGAGGUCAAGAAGCAAGCUCUUACUUAACAGUCAGAUAGACCAGUGGCUCCAAAAGUUAACAGAUAAUGUAUGCUUCUUUUUUUUUUUUUUUACCUGCAUCACCUUGACACUGUUCAACAUGAGUGUACAUUUUGUUGUACAAUCAGGAAUGUAGAAGUAGGAAAAUGUUCAAUUGUAUUCAGUGGGCCUGAAGUUAUUACUAAUAAACAUAUAUAACAGA